AUGCACGCCAUCAGCUUCAUCAUCGCCUGCCUGGCCACCGCUGCCAUGGCCGCACCUGCACCCGCCCCCGUCAGAGACCAACUCUCCGCUCCUCGCGUCAACCCUCGCGCUGAGGAAGCCAACACGAAUGAAAAGUACGCCGAGGCUACCUUUGACAACGGCUACGUCCCCAAGAUGCCUUGGAAAGCAACAUUGACGAGGGUGGCGGUGGUUGUUCAAGGGAUGGAAAUGAGGUUGACUUAG